AUGAUGGCAGCGGUAGAUCUUAUAACUCAGGUACAUAAUGAUGAGGAUGAGCCCCACGAACAGCCCCUGGACCCUGGGGUCAUUGUAGAACGCCCCCAAAUCCUCGCACUCGUCACAACAGUCGCCGCAGCAACUCAUUAUGGAAAUGGGUUUAUGGAUUGGGUACCGAAGGCAUUGUCGUCUUUUUGCUUUCUUGAUUAG